AUGGCUCCGGAAAUUAUCUUUAAGGGUCUAGACUGCGAAAUCAAAAACACUAUCACUUCUCAACGAUAUAAGCCUCGUUACAGUGGCUUAAUGUCCAUUUGGCUGCGCUACUGGUGGUGGAACACUGGAACGUUUUGGACUGUUUGCCGCACUUGCAAGACACAAUCCUCCAGCUUCAGGUUUGACUCCAUCCGUCAGGCAACAGACGGAAGAAAGAAAAUCAGAGACGGUAAUGGUGUGUAUGGUGGUGAGUACGAUUCGUUUGAGUGGAGUAAUGUGUACACUGGAACCAAAAACCCUACUCAUGCUCCACAGAGCGGGCCACGGAAAGACGAGGUUGUGCGUAGAGAGUAUACCAAAAGAGCGCCUGGUGUUUCGUUGGCUAAUGCUCCGAAGAGAAGAAAGGGUAUGGAAAAUGGAGUUGCUGGUUCAGUUGCUGGUUCCAACGUCGCAGGUGGUUUUUCCGCCAAGUCCAACACUGUGAAAGAGUUUUCUGAGGAGGAUCUGAAGAAUGUCUUGCAGAAGAAAGUUAAACCAUUAGUCAGAAGAAAGCUACAAGAAUUAUGCAUGGCAGUUCCUGAAACUGCAAUUGACGCACAUGGAAGGCGAAUGGAAACUGAGAUUUAA